AUGAAUAAACAGGACUCGCCGGAGUCAAGCACAGAACCAAGCGAAUGUCAGUCUGCCCUGACGGAUUUCCUCGCUAGUCACAACAUUUCCGCUCGGCAGAUCCGAGAUGAUGCAGAGCUGCGACGCCAGCAAGCUGCUGCGCAGGCUCGUCAAAACGGAGAACAGUUGACUGAAGAGGUCGAAGUUGCCGUUGCAGAGUCAAGUGCCGCUGGUAGCAGGCAGCGGGCCAGUCGCAAUGAAGCUGGAACCCAAAAAUCAAAGCGCAAGACGCAAGAACAGAAGGCCAUCGAGAAAAUCAAGGCGAGCAAGGCCUUCAAAAAGCGCAAGAAGCAGGCUGACGAUUCCGGCGACGAUGACGAAAUUGCUCGCGCUAUCUUCGAGUCGAGCCAUGCGCCCCUCCCCGGCCAAAUGGAAAAUUGUGCAAUAUGUGAGAAGCGGUUUACUGUCACACCCUAUUCCGUGGCAGGCCCGGAUGGCGGUCUCCUCUGCGCGCCAUGCGGGAGGGAGACGGCAAAGGAACGCCAGGGUGGUAAGCCGAAGAAGAAGCCGAGAAAGCAGACUGGCGGAAUCGGUUCCCGACGAAGCAUUCAGAGUCGAAUUCUCGAUGGUGACGUUGGCACAAAGAGUCUUGCUACCCUUUGCGUGCAAACCCUGGCCAAAAACGUCGACAUGGCCGACAGCUUGGGAGAUUUGCCUGAGCAUCUAAUUGACAAGAUUGCCCGGAUUUUCUCCAAGAGACGAUUAUUGCGCCCUGAAACGCUACCUCUGUUUGCACAACCCACAACGGAGACGAUACAUAUCUAUGAUGGUGCGAGACUCGGUGACCAAGACUAUAUCAGCAUCUUUCAGGUUUCUCCCAAGCUGCGUCGAUUCAAAGCACGGUCAGCCAUCCAGUUCAAAGAUGGAGUCAUGGACUAUCUCUUGUCUCGUGAUAUUGCCCUAGAGAGCUUCUAUCUACACGGUGCAAAUCUUCUCAGCGAACAGAAAUGGCAUGAGUUCUUUAGCACCAAAGGCCAAACUCUCAAAGGUGUUCAAGUUUACUAUACCGACAGGCACUUUGGCGACGACACAAUUGUUACAAUGGAAAAUCAUUGCCCCAACUUGCUACGUCUAAAGAUAGAGAACAACCAAAAAGUCACAGAUAAAGGUGUCGAAGCGAUAGGAAACCUCGCUUCGCUUGAACAUAUCGGCUUGCAGCUUCAAAAUAGUCCCUCGCCCGGAGCCAUCAAUGCUGCGGUUUCCAAAAUCGGUCACAACCUAAAGACCCUCUCCCUCAAAAUCGUCCCCGAUGCUGAUGACACUGUUCUCCAAACUAUUCAUCAACAAUGCCGCUCUCUAGCCAAGCUUCGCAUCACCGACAGUGAAAAAAUGACUGACGAAGGAUUCGCGAAUCUUUUCACAAACUGGAACAACCCACCUCUUCAGUUUGUAGAUCUUCAAAAAUGCCGAUAUAUUGAUGCUAGCCAACCGCGUACAAACCACAAUAAUGUCGGUCUUUGUGACGAAGGCUUCAAAGCUCUUAUGGCACACUCUGGCCAGGGUCUAGAGGAUUUAAACGUUCAUGCUUGCAGACAUAUUACGAAACAAGCAUUUGAGGACGUUUUCUCCGAGACUUCAACUUACCCCGAGUUGAAGACGUUAGAGAUCAGCUUCUGCGAGGAGGUGACUGAUUUUAUAUUGGGGUGUAUUUUCAGGGCCUGCCCCAAGAUCAAGGAGGUGAAUGUCUUCGGAUGCAUGAAGGUCAAGGAGGUCAAAGUCCCGCGCGGGGUUAUUCUCGUGGGGGUGCCGAAUGCCCAGGGGAUGAUGACAGAGGGCGUGGACUGA